AUGCCUAAGGCAGCAACCAAGCGUGGCGCGGCCGGCAAGGUCGAGAAGAAGCGCGGCAAGAAGGACCCCAACGCCCCCAAGCGUGGCCUCUCCGCCUACAUGUUCUUCGCCAACGAGCAGCGUGAGAACGUCCGUGAGGAGAACCCCGGUAUCUCGUUCGGACAGGUCGGCAAGAUCCUCGGUGAGCGCUGGAAGGCCCUCAACGACAAGCAGCGCGCCCCGUACGAGGCCAAGGCUGCCGCCGACAAGAAGCGCUACGAGGACGAGAAGCAGGCCUACAACGCCGACCAGGAGGAGGAUGAGUCUUCUUAG